CGACGGCGUACGUGCGCGCCCCCUAGUAUCGCGUGGUGGAGAGCGACCAUAUUGCUGCUAGCAGCGGAGGUAGGGUUGUUCUCCCCUCGUACAGGCCUAUCGGACACCGUUCAUUUUUGCAUUUUUUCAUGUUUGAAACAUCCGUGGACGUCUCUGCGACUUGGAGCGAAGCUCGGUUCGUCUGAGAGCGACAGAGGAGCGUCAAACUCGCAGCGAACUACUUCACUUUUCCCCUUCGAGCGAAUUCGGACCGGGGGAGGGAGGAGGAGGAGGAGGAGGAGGACUGGUAAUCGCGAAGGGGGUGGGAGAACGACGGCUCUUGCAAAUGGCCACUCAGGUGGAGGCUCUUCAGCCGGCCAACCUGCUUACCAAAGCGGAGGAGCGCGGCGAAGUGAUCCGCGACGAGCCGGAGCUGGAGGUCGACGGGGCCAAGCGGAGCCAGGCAGCCGGGGUCGACGACGAGGAGGAGGAGCAGCCCGGCAGCCGCCGAGGCGGCAGGCACGGGGAGAGCUCUGAGAGUCCCACGCGGAACACGAAUGCGGACGAGGGGGGCUGUGACAGCGAGGCCAAGGCCGACGAGGAAGGUUGUAAAAGCCGGAAGGAGUUUACCGAAGCGCCCCCGCCCAAGGUGAACCCGUGGACUAGGAAAAUGAACCCGGUGACUGUUGUCAGUGUGAACGGACAAGCACAUCACGCAGAGUCGAGCGGUCCCGCCAAGGUGGUGAGAGCGGGCAACCCUCCCAAGGCCAGACGAGGAGGAAAGGUCGGCGACUUUGGCGACACCAACAGCUGGCCCACCCCGGGAGAAAUCGCAACUAAAGACAUGCAGAUCGAGGCAGUGACAGGGACCGUGUCCUGCCCGCCGACGGUCAGGCAGGUCAAAGACUCGUGGAGAUCCUCUGCCCACAGGAGGAUCUCCACCAAGAAGGAAACCAAGGAGAAGCGCGAGAGCAACGAGGAAAGUAAGGAGAAUCUGAAGACCAACAAGUCGGACGACUCUGGAGAGGAGAAGAACGGAGACGACGACUCCCAGAAGAAUGGCCAAAAGAAAAAAGGAAACAAGCAGAAGUGGGUCCCCCUGAUGAUCGAGGGGCCGCGGGAGCGCUCGGCCUCCCGCAAUAACAGCAGGCAGAACGAAAAUCUUCGCCUGCCGCCCAACACCAGGAACGACCUCCGAGACUGGCACAGUCAGAAGUACGAGCGGGAGUGGCGCGACGACCACGACGAGGUGUCGAGCGUCAAGAGCGAGGGGGCGCCGUUCCGCGGCGGCUUCCGGGGACGCGGGCGCGGCCGAGGAAGGGGCCGGGGACGAGGACGCGGCAGAGGCCACUACUACUACCACCAAGGCUACAAGUCGUACGAGAUGAAAGACGGACCCUACGAAGCGAAAUUCAGCAACUCAGUCACCUACUACUACGACAACAUGAGCAGCAGCGACCUCUACUCGGUGGACCAGGACCUGCUCAAGGACUACAUCAAGAGGCAGAUUGAGUACUACUUCAGCCUGGACAACCUGGAGCGCGAUUUCUUCCUCCGCAGGAAGAUGGAUCAGGACGGCUUCCUGCCCAUCGGACUCAUCGCCAGCUUCCACCGAGUGCAGGCCCUCACCACCGACGUCAACGUCAUUCUGGAAGCUCUGAAGGACAGCAAGGAAGUGGAAGUGAUUGACAUGAAGAUCCGCCGCAAAGUGGAGCCCGAGAAGUGGCCACUUCCGGGCCUGAGCAUGCCCAACCACACCGACUUUGCGCAACUCAUCAACUGCCCCGAGUUCAUCCCCAGGCAGCCCAGCGAGGAGCCCGCGGGGUCCCUCAGAGCCUCGACCCCAGCGCAACGGCCGCCCAAGGCCGAAUCGGACACGCCCUCCAACCUUAAGACGAUGCCCAAGGGCCUCUCGGCCAGCCUCCCCGACCUGGACUCCGAGUCCUGGAUCGAGGUCAAGAAGAGGCCCAGACCCUCGCCGGCGAGACCCAAGGUCAGCCCGGAGAAGGCGCCCUCCUCACAGCAGCAGAGGGAAAAAGACGACGCCAGCCGUUCGCCGCUGCCUCAUUUGGGCUCCUCGCCGUCUCCCGCCAACCCCGCAAACAAGGAGGGCGGCGGCGAGCAGGACGAGCCAGAGGAGCUGGACUUCAUGUUCGAUGAGGAGAUGGAGCAGAUGGACGGCCGGCGCAACACCUUCACCGACUGGUCCGACGAGGACUCUGACGGCGAGAUCGACGACCACGACGUCAACAAGAUCCUGAUCGUGACGCAGACGCCGCCCUACCUGCGCAAGCACCCCGGCGGCGACCGCACGGGCCACCACACGUCGCGCGCCAAGCUCUCCAGCGAGCUGGUCAAGGUCAUCAACGACGGGCUCUUCUACUACGAGCGGGACCUGUGGGACGACACGUACGAGCCAGAGUACGCCACAAUCAAGCAAGAGGUGGAGAACUUCAAGAAGGUUCACUUGAUCAGUCGUGAAGAGUUUGACUGCUUGACCCCAGAGCCUCCCGUCGACCCAAACCAGGAAGUGCCCCCCGGGCCCCCGCAACCCCAACAGAUCCCCACAGACGCCCUUGCGAACAAACUCUUCGGCGCACCAGAACCCACGUCGAUAGCGCGGUCGCUCCCGACGACCGUGCCAGAGUCGCCCAACUAUCGCGGCGCACGCACACCACGCACGCCACGCACCCCCCACCGGAAGGACGCCACCGCCACGCCGCGCUUCUACCCGGUGGUUAAGGAAAGCCGGCCCGUCGACGCCAAGACCCCGAGGAAGCGCAAGACCCGACACAGCUCCAACCCGCCCAUGGAGUGCCACGUAGGCUGGGUGAUGGAUUCCAGAGAGCAUCGCUCCAGAACCGCCUCCGUCAGCUCAAACGCCAGCCCGUCGGAGGGCACGCCGGCCCUGGGCAACGUGGGCUGCACGCCGCAGUCCCUACCCAAGUUCCAGCACCCGUCCCACGAGCUUCUCAAGGAGAACGGCUUCACGCAACACGUCUACCACAAAUACCGCCGGCGCUGCCUCAACGAGCGCAAGCGGCUGGGGAUCGGCCAGUCCCAGGAGAUGAACACGCUCUUCCGCUUCUGGUCCUUUUUCCUGCGGGAUCACUUCAACAGGAAGAUGUACGAGGAAUUCCGCCAGCUGGUGGUGGAAGACGGCAAAGAAGGCUACAGGUACGGUUUGGAGUGCCUGUUCAGGUACUACAGCUACGGUUUGGAGAAGAAGUUUCGGCCGGAUAUCUUCAAGGACUUCCAGGAGGAGACCAUGAAAGACUACGAGGCCGGUCAGCUGUACGGACUGGAAAAAUUCUGGGCCUUCCUCAAAUAUUCCAAAGCUAAGGCCUUGGAGAUCGACCCCAAGCUGCAGGAGUGCCUCAGCAAAUUCAAGCGUCUGGAGGACUUCAGAAUCGACCCGCCGAUGGAGGAAGGAGGCCGCCGGCGUCACUCGUCCAGCGGGGACAACCGGCGCCGCCACCCCUCCCAUCCCUCCAGUCGGCCCCACAGCCAGAAUAGCUCCAACCCCAUGGGCGGCGGCGCCGCCGCAGCCAAGGACAACGUCAAACCCGAGGCCAAGACGCUCAAGUAAAAACGCAACUGGCGGAUAUCAAGUCACAUGCCGCUGGUUCAGGGGGGAGGGGGGAGGUUGGGGGGUGCCCCAUCAGCUCUCCUUUGAUGCAUCACAAUUUUUUUUUUUUUUUUGUUGCUUGAGAAAUGAGGAAGAAAAUCAUCACAAAGAGCUUGAUGGAUGCGUUUUAAGUUUUUGAGAUUUUCCUCUUUCUUUUCUUAACAAGGCAAGCAAGCAACAAGGUGUCAAACACAUUUUUCUUUGCAGAUCAUUGCCACUCCACCAGGUGGAGAUUUUUUUUUUUUCAAGGUUAUUUAACCAUCCACUAUUUUCAUUUCCUUCCCUUUCAAGAAUUCAUUUUUUAUUUUUUUUUUGUGGUGUGGCGGCCUCUGGAAACAAUUUUACGAUGAGCACAUGCAACGACGGCCCUGCUGACAUCCGAGCGGACCAAAGCGCCUUCGAAAAAUAUUUGAUUUGCUGGAUUUUUUUCUUUAUUAUGGACAAGUGGGAGGGGGAAAAAAACAUGCUUCAAAAAGAAAAGAGGAGGAGAAGCAGAGUUGGUUGCGAGUGGCCUUAUCGUUAAUGGUUUUGCCCUUUUUGUUGGGAGCACGUUUUGCCAAAGUGUUCCAACUGUCUUCCAAGUGUCAUUCGGAUCCUGUUACGAGUCCCAACUUGGCUUUUGUCGUUUGGCUUUCUUCAUGCUUAAGCGCAACCGGCGUUCCUUUGGAGGAGAUUCAUGGACCUUAAAUGGAGGGGGCGGGGCUUCCUGACCUUGUUUUUGUGCGUCCCAUCCAUCAGCAUCCAUCCGUCAAGGACUGGAAGACUCAAUAAUCCGCAUUACUUGAAGGAGCGGGAAGUGGCGCAGGUGCUUUGGGUGGCAAUUUUUGGGGAUGGGUGGGGGGGGGUCCUCCUCCUCCUCUUCUUCACACACACACGCAACUCCUUGUCUUUGGCCAAGUUGGUUCCUCAUGGACGUCCUCCCAUCAAGAUGUAAAUGUGAACUCAACCAAUGAAGAGAAUUUUUUUUUUUUUUGCUCGACGUUAUUUCUGCCUUACACGUAUACGUACUCAUUAACAUGUUGACGCUUUUGGACUUUUUUUUUCUGGCAGUAUUGUUAGUGUGAUGCGGGCGGGGGUUUUGUUUUUUUUCUUUCCUUUUCCCUUUUGACGUCUGGAACAUGGAACGUGUAUUUAAAGCGACAAAAGGGAACGAAAAAGCAAAUCUUGUUUCAUGUUGAAAUCUGUUAAAAUUCCCCCCCACUCUUUUUUUUUUCAUCAAUUGGCGCCUCAUCAACAGUUGGAUUACUUUUUUGGCGGGUACCGUAAGUCUUAAAACAAAUCAGUCCACUUUUUUUUUUGUCUUCCUGACAUGUUUAAAAAAACAACAGCAAUUAUUUGCCUUCCGUUUUUUGUUCUCACCUGGACGUCGCCCUAAUUUUAUCUUCCGGUGCAAGCAGAGCCGGACCCCCCCCCCCCCCCCCCCUUUCUUCUUCAGGGAGACUUGAAGAGUUUUUGAAGGGACACGAUGGGUGCAUCAGUGUUUUAUGGAGGCUUGGAGACAAAUGGUAGCUGAAAGAGUGGAAAAACUGAUAUAUAGAUGAGAGGGGGAAAAAAACUGCUAGGUUGGCUGCGCUCACUUCUUUUCCACCUGACGGGACCUUUGGAGAAUUUGGGGGAUCUUGUGGGAGUCGUCCAGCCCUCAAACAAACUCUAAGAGGGCGCCACGUUCUCGACAUGAGCUGGCCGCAAAAUGGCGGAGGGGGUGCCGAAGAUGCAAACAGAACAAGGAGAAAUCAAAAUGAGCGCAGCAGUGUGUGAGGAAUAUGGCUGGUUAUGAUGUCUGCAGACUGAAAAGUACAAUAAUGUCAUAAAGCCAUAAAACAUCGAACAAAAAAACCCAACAAAAUCUAUAUGAAGCGUUGAAAUUGUUCACUGCAUCACUCAAAAUAUCUUUAGGCUUGUCAUGAGGAAAAAAAUGUGAAAAACGCCUG